AUGAGGGAUCACCCAAGCAGUCUCCGCCAGGGAUCCCCCGGCCCACAGCAGCCCCCGCGGAACCUCUCCGACGAGCUGGGCGACUUCAUGUCCUCGACGGACGAGGACGCCGACUACGAUGACGAGGACGACAGCGAAGAGGACGAGCACGAGGGCGGCCUCGAGACGCCCAUGUCCUCGCGCAAGUCGUCGCAGAGCGACAGCUUCUUCGACGAGGAGGAGGAGUACCACCCCUCGCAGUUCCCGCCUCUGAAACCGUUCCUCGCGGCGCCGCCGCCGCCGACGAGGAAGCUCGCGCGCAUCGACUACGCCACCAGCGAUGAGGAGUCCGCCGAGAUCAGGAGUAGGAGAAGCAGCAGCAGCAGCAGCUACGGCUACAGCAGGCCCACGACGGCGACGUCGCCGACGUCGUUCCGCGCCAACCACCACCCCGCCAACCCCGCCCCGCCGCCGUUCCGGCGCUCCUCGACGUGUCCCGUGCUGACGCCCGACUUCCUGUCGAGCGCGGCGGACGAGGUCGUGAGGAUGAUGCCGGAGCAGGCGGAGUUCAUGAGCCGCAUGGUGGAGGGGUGGCGGGAGAUCCAGCGGCGGUCGUCGGUGAGCGCGCUGGCGCCGUCGCCGUCCUCGUUGGGGGCGCCGUCGCCGGGGAUGAAGAGGCCGAAUACGGCGCCUGGCGGGCCGAGGUUUUCGCCGUCGGUGAAUUUCUCGUCGUCGUUUCCGAGGACGUUGCCGGAGAGAUUGGAGGAGGAGCCCGGGAGCACGACGGAGAGCGAGGCGGGUUUUGAGGCUGAGGUUGAGGUUGAGGUCGAGGAGGAGGAGGAGGAGGAGGAGGAGGAGGAGGAGGAGGAGGAGGAGACGGGAGAAGGGGUUGAGAGUACGCUUGACGAGUUGAGGGUCAUGGCGAAGGAGAACGCGGAGAGGGCUAUUGUGGGCGCGAACGGGAGGGAAGAGAGGGCGCGGUUCGAGGUCGUGGAAAAGUGUAUAGACACCAUCGGGAGGGUGUAUCAGAGGAAGCCGGUGAGGGGGAGGAGGCGGAGGAGGUUGGGGAUGAAAUGCGUUGGCGCUUUGGUGAGGAUUUGUGAAAUGUUUGCGAGCGAGGGCGCAGAUGGCGGGUCGUAUCGAUUUGAGUCUGGCUUUCUGGACGAGGUUACUGAAAGUACGGAGAGCGAGGCGGAGGAUUAUGCGGACGACGAGGCCGAGGACGAGAUUGACGAGAAGGUACCGUUUCCGGAUUUCGUGGACACCGACUUCUUCGCCCGCGGGCCGGCUAUGGAGACCGACCUGAUGCGCCCACCGCCAUCACCGACCAAAGACCCCCUAGACGACCGCCGGCAUGCCGAGUUGGUGGAUCAAGCGAAGGAGGAGCUAGAAACGCUGCUUGUAAAGGCGGCCGAGGCCGAGACUCCCUUCGAGGAGCGGCACUCUCGCGUCGUGUACGCAGUAGAGGCAUAUCUCGCCAAGCUGUCUGAGAUGGAGGCCUCGCACGACCGCGAGUUCAAAUGGCACGCGGAGCUCAAGGCUUUCCACGUGGCCAUGGGCUCGAGGAAUAUGCUGGGAUCGGAACCGGGGACGGCCAUGGCGCUCGUCGCGAGUUUGAGUUUCUGCUUUAUCCCGAUAGCGACGGUGCUGUGGUACGUCACGGAGCCGACGACGUCGUGGAUGCUCUGGCGGAUUUUGAUACCGAUCGGGUGUUAUUUCUUGCUGCUUGCUGGGUUUUACAUUGACCAGAAGGAGGCGAGGGAAGCGCUUUACGAGGAGCAUCUGCCUCUGGAGGCGAGAGAUAUGAGGAGGCGGCACAAGAGGGAGAAGGACCUUCUACAGGCUGCACACGAGAGGGCUGUGCAGAGGGUUUAUUCUCCUGAUGCCUGA